ACUUCCGGCGGGCGCUCAGCGUCAUUGGUGUCAUCACUUCCUGCCGGUACCGGUGUGGACGGUACGGGUCGUGGCCGCCGGUUCUCCGCUUCUCCCCUUCCCCUACUCUCCUCCCUCCCUCCCUUUCCCUCCCUCGGCGGCGGUCGGUCGCCCGUCGCGGACUCCCUGACCCGUCCUGACCUUGGGGCUACAGGAUUGGCCUUUUCCUGUGCCCCGGCCCAGCGUCAGUGUCAGGGCGGGGGCCUUGAGGAGCCGGAGGCGCUGCCACAGAGAAGAGAAAAGACUAGACGACCCUUCGGCUCUACAGCCGGAUCGCUAGGCUCGCCGCCGCCAUGGCGAUGAGGCAGACGCCGCUCACCUGCUCCGGCCACACGCGGCCUGUGGUGGAUCUGGCCUUCAGUGGCAUCACGCCUUAUGGCUAUUUUCUAAUCAGCGCUUGCAAAGAUGGUAAGCCUAUGCUUCGCCAGGGAGAUACAGGAGACUGGAUUGGAACAUUUUUGGGUCAUAAGGGUGCCGUUUGGGGCGCAACAUUGAAUAAAGAUGCCACCAAGGCAGCGACAGCCGCUGCAGAUUUCACAGCCAAAGUGUGGGAUGCUGUCUCAGGAGAUGAGUUGAUGACCCUGGCUCAUAAACACAUUGUCAAGACAGUGGAUUUUACGCAGGAUAGUAAUUACUUGUUAACCGGGGGACAGGAUAAACUGUUACGCAUAUAUGACUUGAACAAACCUGAAGCAGAACCUAAGGAAAUCAGUGGUCACACCUCUGGUAUUAAAAAAGCUUUGUGGUGCAGUGAGGAUAAACAGAUCCUUUCAGCGGAUGAUAAAACUGUUCGCCUGUGGGAUCAUGCUACUAUGACAGAAGUGAAAUCUCUAAAUUUUAAUAUGUCCGUUAGCAGUAUGGAAUACAUUCCUGAGGGAGAGAUUUUGGUAAUAACUUAUGGACGAUCUAUUGCUUUUCAUAGUGCAAUAAGUUUGGACCCAAUUAAAUCCUUUGAAGCCCCUGCAACCAUCAAUUCUGCAUCUCUUCAUCCUGAGAAAGAAUUUCUUGUUGCAGGUGGUGAAGAUUUUAAACUUUAUAAGUAUGAUUAUAAUAGUGGAGAAGAAUUAGAAUCCUACAAAGGACACUUUGGUCCUAUUCACUGUGUGAGGUUUAGUCCUGAUGGAGAACUCUAUGCCAGUGGUUCUGAAGAUGGAACAUUGAGACUGUGGCAGACUGUGGUAGGAAAAACAUAUGGCCUUUGGAAGUGUGUGCUCCCUGAAGAAGAUAGCGGUGAGCUGGCAAAGCCCAAGAUCAGUUUUCCAGAGACAGCAGAAGAGGAGCUAGAAGAAAUUGCUGCAGAGAAUUCAGAUUCCAUCUAUAGUUCAACUCCCGAAGUUAAGGCCUGAGCAUCAGGCACAUGCCGCAGACAGUACACAACUUACGGACUAAACAAGCAGAGAAAAGCGUCCGCCUCCAGAGUUACUCUCUGCUGACAGCAACAUGAGCAGUAUAUAAUGAGGAAUACGAAUUAGCUCCAGUGCUGGAACUAACCUACUUGGUGAUACCUAUGAGUGAGAACACAAGAGUAUCAGCUAAAGGCUGAUGGAGUUAUGGUCUUAUAGUGUGAUGGUCUGUUGUCUUUUUAAUGAGUAUGUGUAAGCCAACAUCCAAUUUCUCUUAUUACAAUUAGAUUUCUUGUAGCUGUUUAUGUUAUUAUGAUGAGGGAAAAUAUAUUGGCCUAUUUUUCUGACUUUUCCCUUAAAAGCAGAAAGCUUUUUUUUUUUUUGCUUUAGUUAUAAAGAAGAGGGAAUACAUGAUAAAGUAACAGUUUGAUUUCUCUUAUUGUACACUGCUUCUGAACAUCUAAUUGUUUUUAGUUGUCUCAAUAAAAUGGCUCUAAAACAA